GUGUUGGAAACCCAUCUUUAUCCAAGCCUUCCCCUGAUGAUGUCAGUGAAGAGCUGGGCUGCAGGUACACAGUGUGUAGCCAAGGGGGACCACAGGAAGCCCAAGUCUGGUGAACUGGCAUUCCGGAAAGGAGACAUUCUCACCAUUCUGGACGCAGACAUGGGAAAGGGCUACUACAAGGCAAGACACAACGUCACAGGAGAGGAAGGGCUCAUAACCUCCACCAGCGUUCGUGAAAGAGAGGCCAUCCGCAUCGACCCCAGUCUCAGCCUCAUGCCUUGGUUCCAUGGGAAGAUCUCAGGCCCAGAGGCGGUGUGUAAGCUGCGUCCGGUGGAGGAUGGCCUGUUCCUGGUGCGAGAGUCCAUCCGCCACCCUGGUGACUACGUCCUGUGUGUCAGCGUCUCCGGAGAGGUCAUCCAUUACCGGGUCAUGUAUCGGGACAACAAGUUGACCAUCGACAACAUGCAGUACUUCUACAACCUCAUUGACAUGAUAGAGUUCUAUUCAAAGAACAAGGGCUCCAUCGCUACGACUCUUCUGAAGCCCAAAGAAAAAGAAGGAGCCAAAUCUGCUGAGUUGGAAUUGUCUAAAACGGGAUGGCUGCUUGACAUCAGAAGACUCACACUGGGAGAGACGAUUGGUGAGGGGGAGUUUGGUGCUGUUUAUGAAGGAGAGUAUAUGGGCCAGAAGGUGGCGGUAAAGAACAUUAAAUGCGAUGUCACAGCUCAAGCCUUCCUGCAGGAGACCACAGUCAUGACGAAGCUCCAGCAUAAAAAUCUGGUCCGCUUGUUGGGCGUCAUCCUUCACAAUGGUCUUCAUAUUGUCACAGAGCUAAUGGUCAAGGGAAAUCUUGUGAACUUUCUGCGGACAAGGGGCCGGUCAGUUAUUAACAGUGUCCAGCUGCUCCGCUUCGCACUAGAUGUGUGUGAGGGGAUGGAGUACCUGGAGUCUAAGAGGUUUGUUCACAGAGACCUGGCAGCCCGUAAUGUCCUCGUCUCUGACGACAGCGUGGCCAAGGUCAGCGACUUUGGCCUCACCAAAGUGGACAGCAAGGCCUCAGAUCACGCCAAACUGCCGGUCAAAUGGACCGCCCCCGAAGCUCUGAAGAAAGAGAAGUUCUCCACCAAGUCAGAUGUGUGGAGCUAUGGAGUUCUUUUAUGGGAAAUCUUCUCCUAUGGUCGGCAACCCUACCCCAAGAUGUCUCUGAAAGAGGUGAAGGAGAAAGUGGAAGAGGGCUAUCGCAUGGAGGCUCCAGAAGACUGUCCUCCUGGGGUUUACUCCCUGAUGAAGAGCUGCUGGGAGAAGGAGCCACGCAGGAGGCCCUCUUUCCACAAGCUGAGGGAGAAACUCGACAGAGAGCUGGGUAAACACAGCCCGAGCCCUGGGCUGGCAUGCAGGGAUGGGAUUAGGCCUGGAUCUGGACGCUGAUGUCAGUCAAACUCACAGCGGUGGGAUGGCCAGUCCGUUCUUGGAUGAAUUAACCCAGGUACUGUUCCUGCGCCUCGUGUCGGGGUGAUGUGGCUGACAUCACAUGAGACAGGCCUGUCAGGUGAACUCACUACAAAACUGAGGCACACUGAAGCUGUUUGAACUGGAUUCUUCUCCCGUGUCUGAUGGGACAAGACGGUGCACAUUCAGCUGAUCAUCAUGCGGCGCUGGUGACUGUAAGGUUUCAUGGCUUGAGCCAAGAAAAGGACAAGUGCUAACCAUGACUGCCUGCACUUAAACACUUGAACUGGUAUCAUUUGAUAUGCCAUGAAAUAUAAUGAACUCUGCUUUGCUGGUCUGAGCUAAGUAAACCUAGGUAAAUGAUAUGGCAUGAUAAUUCUUAAUUUAUUAUAUUGUGUGGUUGAGUUUACUAUGAAGUAGCAACCACCAGACUAUUAAAAUUUAAAGGGUCUUGAUCACAGAAAUUCCUUUCUGCCAUAAAGCCAAGUCAAAUGAGCUAACAACACAGUGUGCAACCACUACCCAUGAAGUUUAACACAAUGCUUACACUUUUCCAGCAGCAAAACUAUUCUUUCUACACCCACACAGUUACUUCAAUAGAACAGUUACAGACAGAAACAAAUUUGGCAGUGCAGGAGCAUUUAAUUUUGGUGAUGACACGCCUAAGUGCCUUCAAGGCUAAUGUGUCUUUCAUUUCAGUCCCAGUUCAGUCAGGUCAGUGCAACUGGGAUUCAGCACCCUCUGUUUUUGCCAGAUUAAUCUGAUCAAAAACCAUUUCACAUGUAGAAUAGAGAGAAACUCAUUUGUCUUCAGUGUCUUGGAAGCAUGUCAGGAUAAAAGAGAUGGAGAGAAAGGGGGAAAAUCCUAGAUUAAAUGUAAAAUCACCCAAAUCUGCUUGUUUCCCAGCAUAAAUGACCAACAAUAUGCCUUGGACCUUGGUCUUUACAUGGGAAAUCUUGAAAUUUAUUACUGAUAAACAUAAGGAAUUACAAAGCGGUCUGGAUUUUACUGAGACAGGGUGAGACAGUUUGUUUUCUGUAGACCUUUCAUGUUUAUGCUGAUUAUUUUAUUUAAGGGACAAUGCACAUUAAUGCACAUGAGCACUUGGACCCAUCAUGUCAGUGUUUUCAUUUGCACUCCCUGGGCAGGUUGAUGGUUACAGGGCUUGGUUUCCGCAAGCAUCACAGUGUUUAGGCCUUUUUCAAAGCCAAAGGAUAAAGACGAUUUUCUUGCCAAGUUAUUUUUUGGGGGGGAGUGGCAGGAGGGGAGGUUGA